GAACGAUCUAUCACCUUCUACUGUUACGUAUCAUAUAUUUAGUGCUACAUUUAGGGUCAUUACUCAUAUCUUCUUUCGAGAAAUCAAAACAAGUGGCUCUCAUCAUAUUCCAAAAGAUGGUCCAGUCAUCUUUCUAGUGGGUCCUCAUAAUAGUCAAUUUGUAGAUGGAGUUGUUUUUUAUAGUGUUAAUCCUCGACCUUCUUAUGCUCUUAUGGCUGCUGCUUCUUACAAUCGUCCUUUAAUUGGUCAUAUUGGAAAAAUACUUAAUGCAAUUCCUGUGGUUAGACCUCAAGAUGUGGUGAAUAAGGGGACAGGCACAGUCAAAUAUGAUCCUGAUACACAACCGUUCCUUAUUAUUGGUCAAAAUACAAAGUUUACUCAAGAACUUCAUCCUAGGGAUUUUAUUAUCUUUGGUCGGAACUAUAAAUGUCAUGUCGCUAAUGUCAUUUCUGAUACUGAAUGUGAAGUGACUCAUGCUAUAGCUAUAGGAGAUGAUGAUCAAGAAAUACACACUAUCAAACAAUUAGGUAUUCCUUUCAAGAUUGCUCCUCAUGUGGAUCAAACUCCUGUUUAUACUGAAGUCAAUCAUUAUUUGAAUAACAAUGAAUGUAUUACCAUUUUUCCCGAAGGUGGUAGUCAUGAUCGUCCUGAAAUGUUACCUCUCAAAGCUGGAUUCGCAGUGAUGGCAUUAGGAGCUAUGGCUGAAUACCCUGAAAUGGAUAUAAAGAUUGUCCCAGUUGGUCUGAACUAUUUUCAUCCUGAUAGAUUUAGAUCCCGUGUUGUUGUGUCCUUUGGUCAACCUCUAUCUAUCGAUCGUGAAGAUGUUGAAUUAUUCAAAAAAGGUGACAAGUAUAAGCGUCAAGCCGUCACUAAAUUGAUGGAUCAAAGUGAUGUGGCUUUCAAACUAGUGACAACAAGUGCUCCUGAUUAUGAUACUCUCAUGGUGAUCCAAGCUGCUCGUAGGUUAUAUGCACCAGCCAAACAGACAAAGCCAACCAUUCAGCAAGUCGUCAAGAUGAAUCAACAUUUUGGUGUAGGGUGGGCGAAAUUGAAGGAUGACCCAAGACAAAAAGAACUCUCUCGCAAGGUCAAGAUUUAUAACGAUACCCUGGCUUUCUUUGGUAUUCGUGAUCAUCAAGUUGAAAAGUUGGAUAUUACUCCUUUCCGUGCAUCUACCUUAUUAAUCCGUCGUUUGAUUAAAUUAGCAAUGUUGGCUGGUUUGGGUGCUCCUGCAUUCAUCUCCAAUAUACCUUUGACUCUACUUAUUCGUUAUAUCAGCAAGAAAAAACAAAGUGAGGCAUUGGCGGGAUCUAUGGUGAAAAUCAAGGCCAAGGAUGUCUUGGCAACAUGGAAAAUCAUUGUGGCAGCUUUUGCAGCACCUGCUCUUUAUGGAUUUUAUAGUUUGAUUUACUUUAUCUACCUGUUUAAACGUCGACCAGCACUUUCACUUCGUAACAAAAUGAUUCGGACAUGUGCUCUUUGGAUUAUUCAACCUAUUCUUCAUUACUUUUUGAUGCGUCUUGGCGAUACCGGUUUGGAUAUUUACAAAUCGAUCAAACCUUUAUUUUUGGCCAUUCGGAAUCCGGCUGUGGGCAAAUUAUUACGUGAAAUGAGGGCCAAUCUUUCCAGGGACAUUACAGAAUUCGUCAAUCAACAUGCGGAUAUUAUCUUACCUAAUGAAGAACGACAUCAUCAGAUCGGUUACUCUCUUCCUGAAACAUUGGAGGUGGAUGUAGAGGAUGAAGAACAACAGGAGCAACAACAAGAGCAAGAAAUGGAAUCGAUUGUAUUAUUGACAGAGGAUGUGGUGGAUCAACAACAAGGAACUUUCACAGUGGCCAACGAUCAACCAACUGUAGAAGCUUACUAGAAAUUUUUUUUUCUUUUUUGGAUAGACAGUCGAUGUAUUUGGCUAUUAUUUUGCCUUUUGUCUCAAUUUAUUCCUUCGGUUAUUCUAUAGUUUGAUACCCCUUAUCCUUUUAUUAUUAUUACUAUUUGUACUUUUUUUUUAUUAUUGGAUUAGACUUUUAUAAUAAAUGUGACUGAUGAUGACUUUUUAUGAUGGAUUGAUAUAUAUAUAUAUAUAUAUAUAUAAAUUGAUGAUGAUCCAAUAUGAGUCUAAUAAUAUAAUGAAGUUAAUUGAAUGACUGUCAUUUAUGAU